CAGCCUCUCACUCAGUGUGUGUCAGUUGCGCAAGUCUGGACUUUCGGAAAUCCCAGUUGCUUUAAUAAACAACAAAAGAAGUCAUCACAUACGUUUUGGUAAUAAUGAGUGAAUGCCUGAGCUUUACUGAGGGAGAGUUUUAUGAGGUGCAUUUUGACUCACGUGCAUAUGUUAAGAAUUUCUAUUCCUGCCCCCGCGGUCACUCUGAGGAAAAUUUCCUUAGUUUCGUUUUGAGAAGCCUUAGCAGAAUUUUCUCAGCAGGAGAACAUAAAGGCCAGAGGCUGAUUGAUGUUGGUAGCGGGCCAAAUAUAUACAGCGUCUUGAGCGCGUCUCAACAUUAUGACGAGAUUGUAUUGUCUGAUUUCGUCGAUAAUAAUCGUAGAGAAAUCGAAAAAUGGUUGGAAAAUCAAGACGGCUGUUUAGACUGGACACCUAUUUUACAGCACGUCUGUGAACUGGAUGGUGAAAGCCCGUCUGAUUUGGAGGCUUUACUGAGGCAACGAGUCAAAAAAGUCUUAAAAUGUGAUGUGCGGUUGGAGAAUCCGUUCUAUCCGCACACACUGGAACCAGCUGACUGUGUCAUUACAUCCCUGUGCCUGGAAGCAGCAUGUAAAGACAUUCAGGUAUACCGUCACGCUUUACAUGGGCUGAGCAAGCUCCUGCGUCCUGGUGGACUUCUCGUCAUGAUAGGUGUUUUGGGUGAAACCUUCUACAAGGUGAAUGAACAGUCCUUUUCCUGUCUUAAAUUGAGUCAGUGUGAUAUUGAGGAAGCACUUAGAGGUGCAGGCUUCUCUAUCCAUGAGUUUAACAUACUGCCUGCAGAAGACCCAAAAAGCAACUCUGUGUCUGACUUUGAGGCUGUUUUUUAUCUUGUGGCAAACAAAUCUUCUAAAUUGCAAACCAAAUAGAGAAACUAACAAAACAGAACAAAAUCAGCGUAGCAUGCUUAACUUAAAUUAGCAGCACUUUAGUUCAGGGUUUUCCUGGAUCAAAAAUAGGUGGUGGUUACAAUCGUUUACAUACACACAGUAAAAAGUAGGGUACCCAGCCAUAUGAAUUUCGAGCCCAAAGAUCUUUAACUAGUUAAUAUGUAAAAAUGCUACCGGUAAAACCAAAGUAGGUUUAAAACCUCAUUUAAAAAAAUUAAGAUAUCAUAUCAAUAUCAAAAAGUAAAAUAAUAUAUCCCAUUUUUACUAACAGACUAAUUUUUACCAUAUACAAGAAAUAAUUUAGCAGCUACUUAAAGGGAUAGUUCACCCCAAAUUAAAAUUAUGUCAUUUCCUCCCUCUCAUGUUGUUACAAACCUGUAUAAAUGUCUUUGUUCUGAUGAACACGAAGGAAGAUAUUUUGAGAAAUGUUUGUAACCAAACCGUUCAUGAGCCCCAUUUACAUGAUGGUAUACUUUUUCCUAUUUUAGAAGUAAAUGGGGCUCCCGAAAUGUUCAAAUUCUAUCUCGCAAUCACACAUUAAUUUUUUUUUAAAUAAAAUAAAGCAUGGCGGUAUGAAACAGCUAUUCAGGAAAACUCUGUAGAGAUGUUAUCUGCUCAAUAACUGCUUUUUAUUAUGGUUUUGAAAUAAAAUGGUUUAAGCCAGUUUCUUCUUAAAUGCACUAUGUAAAUAAACAUUUGGAAAGUAAUAAACAUUACUGUGAAAUACAUUUACAUAUAUAUUUUUUUUAAAGUGGACAUGUCACAAGACUUGUUUUUAAAGAUGUAAAAUAAGUCUUUAACUGUCCCUAGAAUGCGUAUGUGAGCUUUAAAAUACCCCACAGAUAAUUUACUAUAACAUGUUAAAAUUGCCACAUUGUAUGUGUGAGCAAAAAUGUGCCGUUUUCGGGUGUGUCCUUUAAAAUGCUAAUGAGCUGAUGAAACUUAAACACUGAUCACAAUGAUAGUGGUUUGUUAAAAUUUAAUUUUCUGUCUCUUUCUCUCUGCACUAAAUGGCAGCGCAUGGUUUUAAGGGGCGGCAUAAUAAGUAUUAUCCCCUUCUGACAUCACAAGGGGAGCCAAAUUUCAAUGACCUAAUCUUUUACGUGAUUGCAAAGAACAAAACUAAGUUACUGGGUUGAUCUUUUUCAAAUUUUCUAGGUAGAUAGAAGCACUGGGGAGCACUUAAACAUGAAAAAUCAGAUUUUCAUGAUUUAUCCCCUUUAAAUAACACUUAUAAAAGGAAGCUUUGGAGACUAUGCAGAACUUUUUCAAGCAUUACACUAAUUUUAAUAACAGAAGGCCAAAACA